AUGCAUAUGAACCUACCAAGAUUUCAUCCCGCCAAUUUCAGCCAUUUGGACGCUUCAACAGGAGCAUCAUCUUCUAGUGUUCAAAGCCCUACCAUCACUUUGAGCAGGAUCCCCCAGCCUCUCCAACUUGAAUCUCCCAGAUUGAUGCGUGAGAAACAGAAAGAAUUCUUGGAGAGGGCUCAACUAUCAUCCAAGAUUGCAGCAUCAUCAAUGGGCGUCAAGCCUGGCAACCCGCGUCUUGAUCCAUUGGGAAGCCCUAAGGGAGCGGUCACGCCACUUGAACUGGAUGAGGCUGCGGACUACUUCCAAGUCGCUGGUGCUGGUAAAAUCUCUCCGGCAACAAGUCCACAACCGCGGAGCCCCAGGAGUGAUCAAACUCCUGACAAGGAAGAAUCACUUUUUCAAAAGAAGAUCGACAUGUAUCGCUGA